GACACGAGCAAGGAUUCUUGCUAGCAAUUUGCGGCAAACAAGCUUUCCAGUACACGGCACAGAGGCGAAGCCCCUACUCGAGUGCAAAUGGCAGCGACCGUCGACGUGGAGCGUCCUGUGGAUAUCGGGGAGCUUGAUUUGAGGCCGUGCGAGCACCAGGCGGGCGGGCACUUCGCCUCGGAGCAAGGCAAGGCGGCUGGUACGUUCGUGGAUAGCUCCGGCAAGUUCUAUAAAGCCUUUCAGGACGAUAUUCGCGGCGGGCGCGAGGCAGCCGUGUAUGAACUCAUCUUCGGCGAUGCGGACGAGUCCGUUAGAAAAGAGGACAUGGAGCAGCUGCGCCGCUUUGUGCCCAAGUACUUCGGCACUCUCGUGUCGGACGGGAAGAAGCUUCUGGCGCUAGAGGACACCUGCAAAGCCUACACGAAGCCUUGCGUGCUGGACUGCAAGAUGGGCAUGACCACCAUCUACGACUGGGCGGAGGACAAGUACAAGACCAAGAACGCCGGCAAGGACACGGCCACGACCCAGGCUAGCCUGGGCUAUCGCGUCACGGGCUUCAAGGUGUGGCAGCAGGCGAAGGCUGAGUACUUCUUCGCGGACCGCCACUACGGCAAGAAGCUCACGGACGGCACCAUGGCGGCCGCCCUGGCGACCUUUGCAAACAACGGAGCCAUCGGGCCGGACGCGGUGUACGGCGGCCCCAACGGCGCUGUGGCGCAGAUCCGCGCGCUGCAGUCCUGGUUCGAGUCGCAGCGCAGUCUGGUUUUUUUCGCGGCCAGCAUCCUCGUCAUCUACGAGGGCGCCGCCACGCGGCCGGAGGACGCCAACGUUACCAUCCGCUUCAUCGACUUUGCGCACACCUUCCCCAGCAAGGGUCAGGCCGACGCCAACGUGACGCCGGCGGUCAAGUCGCUGGCGGACCUGAUGGAGCAGGUGGCGACCGGGCAGGCGUCGUGAUAGGGCGAGUCGCAGAUGGUGAUGUGGGUUGGGGCUGCUGGCGCUGGGGUGAGAGCUGCGCGGGUGGCGCGUGGAGGAAUGGGAGCCAGCUUGACGGGCAAGAGCAGUUUGGAACUUGCGAAAGGGUUCAGUGGCAACGGAACGGUGGGCGUGAUACAUCGCUGGCGUGCGUGUGUGUGGAAAGGACCAGAUCGCAUGCCGCCUUGUUGUUGGCAGGUGAGGUGAUCUUUUUUGGUGGGUCAGGGUCUGUCUGCUGUGUUUGGUCUGCUGCGCUUUCUGCCUGACAUGAAGGACUGUAUCACUCGAGUAUGACAGUAAAGGCGUAAAGUGACAAGCAUGAAUUGCAUUCUAUGUGUUCGUUUGUUCGUGUUGUGGGGCCUAUUGGCCUGGAUGAUGUCUUGGUCGUGAGCAGAAGCGUGGGCCGCAACAGUACGCCCCCACAAGAGUACAGUGGCACAGCGCAUGCUGGCAACAUAAGCGUCUUAAAUGGCGUUGCAGUGUCGUAGCUCGGAACUACUGAUGAAGUGAUCGUGAUCGGUGGUUCUGUGCGCAUGUAAACACACAAGCAG